AUGUCUAUAGUUGAGCUGAGAGACUUGGGCAGAACUCCAUUCACUGCCUCUGAGGCACUGGAAGCACAGCUCGCGGAAAAUUUACGAACAUGCAGCAACUUGAGAGACGGCAAGAACAUCCACUAUUUGAUCCUGCAGACAGAGCACCAAGCAAGCAGGUACCUUGGAAAUCUGCUCAUCCAGAUGUAUGGAACAUGUGGCAGCUCACAGAACGCAAAGCUGGCGUUUGAUUCCAUACAAGAUCCCAAUCACUUCUCGUGGAACGCUCUCAUCAUUGCAUAUGCCCGAAAUGGGCAUCUUCAGGCAGCAAAGGCAGCAUUUGAUAGAUUUACCGAAAAGGACAUGGUUUCCUGGAACAUAAUGAUAAAUGCCUACAUAAAAUCUGGUCAGAUGUGCGAGGCAAUCUCUCUUUUCGAAAUAAUGCCAGAAAGAAAUGUCGUAGCUUGGAACACUAUGGUUACCGCAUUUGCCAAAAAUGGCCAUUUGGAGGAGGCUAGGCGUACGUUUGAGCUCAUGCCUUACAAAAACGCAGUGACUUGGAACUUGAUGCUGCAAGCUUAUGUUGAUGCUGGGGAAUUACUCCAGGCAGAGCUUUUCUUUUCGAGGAUGCCACAGAAAAACGUUAUGUCUUGGAAUGCCAUUGUUUGGCUGCAUGGCAAAAACGGGAAGAUUGUCGAGGCAAGGAGACUGUUUGAGAGCACACCAUUCAAGAAUGUGGUUUCGUGGACGACAAUGGUUUCCUGCUACGUAAACAAUGGGGACCUGGAAGAGGCCGAGAGAGUUUUUAACAAGAUGCCGGAGAGGAACGAGCUCUCAUGGACUUGUAUGAUCACUGCUUAUGCCAAUGCCGGCCUCAUGGACAUGGCGACUCAGGUGUUUGAGACGAUGCCCGAGACAUCCCUAGUCUCGUCCACCGUGAUGAUCAAGGCCUGCCUCGACAAUGGGUGCUUGAAGAAAGCCAGGGAGAUCUUCGACGCCAUGCCCGAGCACAACCUCACGUCCUGGACGACGAUGAUCCAGGGAUACAUCCAAGGUGACGACUUGAAAGAAGCCAGGAGCUUGUUCGACUCGAUGCUAGAGCGUGACUUGGUAGCCUGGAACGCGAUGCUCCAGGGGUAUGCUCUCCACGGACGGAUCGAAGAGGCCGUGUGCUUGUUCCAGAAGAUGCCCCGAACCAACGUUGUCUCCAGCACAACUCUCCUCAAUGCUUACGCGCUGAGUGGAUUCGUGGACGACGCCAGAGCCAUCUUCGACCAAAUGCCCACUCCAAACUUGGUAUCCUGGACAGCCAUGGUGAGGGGAUAUGCGCUGAAUGGGCAUAUCAGCCAGGCCAUGGAGACUUUCUAUGCCAUGCCCGAGAGGGACGUUGUAAGCUGGACGAUCAUGUUGCAAGCCUUCGCUCAAAACGGAGAUCUGGCCCGAGCAAGCUUUCUCUUCGAGGCAAUGCCGAUGAAGAACUCUGUGUCCUGGACUGCGAUGGUGCAAGGCUACGCUUGCAGUGGCUUUGCGGCGUCAGCACUGGAAGCCUGCUCGAGGAUGAAGAUGGACGGCGAGCAACCGAAUGAAAUGACUUUCCUUGGAGCUCUGGCUGCGUGUUGUUACCUGGGGCUGCUGGAUCAAGGCUGGAAGAACUUUGUGUCGCUGAAGCAGGACUUUGGAGUGGCUGCGAGUGCUCAGCACUUCAACAGCAUGGUUGAUCUCCUGGGCCGAGCUGGCAGGGUGGAGGAGGCCGAGAGUUUGCUCAAAACCAUGCCGUUUGAUCCCGACCAUGCUACAUGGACGAGCUUGUUGGAUGCGCGUAGAAGCCAGCGCGAUGAGCUCGAGCCACUUAUCUUUCUCCACGAAAGCCAGACUCCUCGUUGUAAACUGACAGUGCGAGAAAAAACUUAG